AUGGUUGAACAGAUGGAGCAGUUGGCUUUGGAGAGCAAGUGGACAGUGUCUCCAUUGCAAAGCAGUGAAGGAGGUGAUCGUGGAAGCAGAGAAAUAAUAGAAUAUAGGGCUGGCUCCGCCCCUGCACCUGCGGUUGCUAGGCGGCAAGAAAGCGCCGGCUCAGUGUGGGCGGGGGGGGGCACCGGGGGGGGGGCACCGGAAGGAAGUCGCAGGCGCGGGGAACUUGCUUUCGCCUCGCUGAUUGGGCGCCCGGCCGCGUGGGCUGGGAAUCCUGUGCGCAGAGGCUGCUGGGGCGGUUCGAAAGCCUCACAGCCGGAAGCUGCCGAUUGGAGGCCUGGAUUUACCCCGCAAGGAAAAGAUUACUUCACUGUAAAGAAAAUGAAUGAUUCCUCAAAAACCAAAGAUCCUGGUGUUCCAAAAUCAGGUAGUCAAAGCUCAGGAAAAGGCCACAAAGUACGUUUCGCAAAGACAAAGCCAAUAGGACGACGGAUGAAUAGAGACCUUUCAGCUCAAAUAAUACAGAGAGCUUGGUUUUCUCAUGUAGACAAAAUGAUAUUUCAACUCCUAAAACACACAAUUUGUGCAGCGGAAUUCUGUGUGACAUAUGACAUGCUGAAGCAAAUAAACCCCUUAGAGGCUAAGCUUGUUAAAGAUCCUAGCAUGAAGUGUAAAGUCAGAUUCAGAUUUAGUGGUGAAACAUUUCCACCUUUCAUCGUGUUUAAAAUUUUUCUUCAUACCGAAGGCCGUGGUUACAAGUAUUUUAGUGGAAGAAAUUUCUUAAAGCCAUCAAGUGAGGCAAUUUUUGAUGCUUGUAAAAUGAUGGGGAAAAAUAAAUUUUAUCAUCAAGUUUUAGAAGAUGAACAUCUUUUCCAGAAGUUCAAAGUAACUGAUGAAAUAGAUAUUGUCACCAUGCAAGAUUAUAUGCAGUAUUCCAAUCUUCUGGAUGAGAUUCCUGCAUCUUCUGGUGGCAGAAAUAACUACUGGCGAAAAUUAAGCCUAGAAAACAUUCCCAGGACAAUGAUAAUGUAUGACAUAGUUGAUUAUGCAGAGUCUGGAGUAAUCUCACACCGUCUACAAAAAGAAAUGAAGUAUCUGGUACAGAGACCAAAAACAGAAGAGAUGCAUCAGCACCAGCUGCGGAUUGUUUCUGAGAUUAGGUGUCCAACUUUCUCAAGUAUCCAACCUCUAUAUCGGCCCUACCAAAAGCAAAGUCAAGUUAAACGUCUAGGUCGUCGAUCCAAGCAAGCUCAAAUGAAAGUUGAAAAAAUGAACAAAGCUUAUUUGGCUAAAGAAAAAAAUGCUUCUGAGGUGACUGAACCAAAAAUGGACACAGCACAUACAAAGCAAUGA